AUGUCGCGUUUCUUCCACGGUGGCAGUAGCGACAGCGAUAGCAGCUCCUCUGACGAGGAGGAGGUGUACAAUGAUCGCGAGGAGGAGGAGCUGCAGUCAUCGGAAGAGGAGUCCAGUGAAGAGGAGGAAACCUCGGAGGAGGAGGUGUCCGAGGACGAGGGUGAAGGUGAAACCGGUGCCAGUCGUUUCUUGAGGACAGUGUCGGAGAGUGAGGAGAGUGAGGAUGAAGAGAAAGUGACUGUUGUCAAGAGUGCCAAGGACAAAAGACUGGAGGAGCUGGAGAGCACAAUCAAACUCAUUGAGAAUGCCGAAAAAAUCAAUGAUUGGGCUGUCAUCUCGGCCGAGUUCGACAAGCUGAACCGUCAGAUCGUCAAGGUUGCCCAGUCUGGACCGACUCCCAAAAUUUACAUCAAGACCGUUGCAGACCUCGAAGAUCUCGUAAACGAGACUAUCGCCAAGCAGAAGUCCUCGAACAAGAAGAUGAAUGCAAGCAAUGCCAAGGGAUUCAAUGCCGUCAAGCAACGUAUCAAGAAGAACAACAAGGAAUACGCCACCCAAGUCGAGAAAUACCGGCAAAAUAAGGAUGGCUUCAUGGAGAGUAAGGAGGAAGUGGCCAAGUCUGUUGUUGCGGCUCCCCGUCCGAUCAAGGUUGAUCGUAUCGAGGCGCCGGCUGCUGUUUCCACCGCUGAUGAUGGCUUCGCAACUGUUGGCCGUGGCGGUAAGACCUUGCAGUAUACUCCGGAAAGCAUUCUCAAGCAUCUCCGGGUGAUUAUCGAAUCUCGAGGAAAGAAGAACACAGACCGUAUCGAGCAGAUCCGGACAAUGGAGAAACUUUUGGAAGUCUGCCAGUCUCCGUAUCAACGUAUUCGCGUCUACCUGACCCUCAUCUCUACUCGUUUCGACCUCACUUCUUCAUCUGGAGCGAACUACAUGGGUAUCGAUCAGUGGAAAUUCGCUGAGCAGGAGUUCGCUAGCCUUCUUAACGUUCUUGAGAAUAACCCCGACUAUGUUGUUGCUGAAGGGGCUGAGGAAUGGGAGGAUGAUGAGAAGCAGCCUCAGCCUGCGCCAGGCGAGAAGGUCUACAUUCCAGGCAGCAUUGUCUCAUACGUUGAAAGGCUUGAUGACGAGCUCACCCGCUCUUUGCAACACAUUGACCCUCAUACUGCUGAAUAUAUCGAGCGCCUGAGCGAUGAGAAGCAGCUUUACACCGCCAUUGUCCGCGCCCAGACCUAUGUUGAAGGUCUCACCAAGUCCGAAAAGAGUGACCCCCGCCAGGACAGCCUUAACAGGGUGGUCAUGAGGAGAUUGGAGCACAUUUACUUCAAGCCUUCUCAGGUCAUUACGAUCCUGGAAGAAGGUAGCUGGAAGACCCUACCGUCUGGCCUCGAUUCCGCCAUCACUCCUCGCGGGAAAACGGGCGAUGUGACGACUCUUGUUCAGACACUCUGCAAUUACUUGUUCAAGCUCAGCGAUGGUAUCAUUAGGGCGCGUGCAAUGCUGUGUCAAAUUUAUUUCCUUGCCCUGCACGACCUGUACUAUCGCUCCCGUGACCUGAUGCUCAUGUCUCACCUUACUGAGAGCAUCGCCAACUUCGAUGUCAGCACUCAGAUUCUGUUCAACCGGACUCUGGUACAGAUUGGUCUCUGCGCCUUCCGAGCUGGCCUUAUCUACGAAGCACAGACUACCCUCUCUGAAGUCUGUGGUAGCGGCCGACAAAAAGAACUCCUGGCACAAGGCAUCAUCCUUCAGCGUUACUCCACGGUAUCUCCCGAGCAAGAGCGACUUGAGCGUCAACGCCAACUGCCUUUCCACAUGCAUAUCAACCUGGAGCUCCUCGAGUGCAUCUACCUCACUUCUAGCAUGUUCCUAGAGGUUCCUCUGAUGGCCCAGACUUCAUCGUCUCCCGAGAUGAAGCGCCGUGUCAUUUCGAAGACCUUCCGUCGCAUGUUGGACUACAACGAGCGACAGGUCUUCACCGGCCCUGCUGAGAACACUCGUGAUGGUGUUAUUAUGAGUGCCAAAUUCCUCGCAGCCGGGGAUUGGAGGAAAGCUGCUGAGAUGCUUAGUUCCAUCAAGAUUUGGGACUUGAUGCCCCAGCCAGACAAGAUCAAGGAAAUGCUGUCUCAGCAAAUUCAAGAAGAGGGUCUCCGGACCUACCUAUUCACCUAUGCCCCCUUCUACGACAGCCUGUCUAUCCCCACUCUAGCCAGCAUGUUCGAGCUUUCUGAGAAAAAGAUUGCAGCCAUCAUCAGCCGUAUGAUCUCGCACGAAGAACUGGCAGCUGCACUUGACCAGGUCAAUGGCGCCAUUGUUUUCCGCAAGGGUGUCGAGCUGUCUCGCCUCCAGUCCCAGAUUGUAACUCUUGCUGACAAAUCUAUGAACCUUCUGGAGGCCAACGAAAAGACCCUUGAGCAGCGCACUCAAGGCAUGGCCAACGCCUUCCAGCGCGAUCAGGGCGCCGGCGCCCGUGGUGGCCGCGGUCCUGGACGCGGAGGACAGGCCCGUGGUGGCCCCAGGCUACCUGGUGGCCAACAAGGACGUCGACCUGGUGGACAGCAAUUCGGGGGUGGCGCGUUGGGUGGAGCAAUCAAGGCUUAA